UCAUUCGGCUUAUGGAUACUAUUCGUAGCCCAUUUUACGAGGAGAUACCAAAUGCUUUUAGCUUUGAGGAAAACUUUCGUCUUGGCAGUCAACUAGUUGGACCAUAUGCAAAAAUUUUGGAAAAUUUUGCCCACUACCACAAUUACAAACUAGGCUUGAUUUCCCUGGAGAAUUACAAUGUGUCCCACAUUCAGUUGGACAUACAGCAAGGAGUCUACAAUUUGUCAAUGUUGGGAGGCACUAAUCUGAAUCUCUUUGCCAACAUAACCUUUAGCUAUCCCCUGGAGUGGUCCAGAGUUUGCGUUAUGGUGCCUUCGGAAAAGGAACUGCCCCAUUAUUGGUAUGUGUUCUGGCCUCUGGGUGUUGACAUAUGGAUUCUGUUGGGCUUGGGAGUGCCCUACGUGGCUGUGCUCAUGUCCCUGCUGAAAUACCCUUCGGUGAGUUUUCUGGAAAAUCUUUUGGAAAGUUUUGCUCUUCUGCUGUUCUAUUCCAAUGCUUGCUGCAAACUGGACAACAUUCCCAGUAGAUGCUAUACAGUCCAUUUACUGUUCCUGCCCUUUGGAUUCGUUCUCUUCAACUAUUACACCAUCUAUUUGACGGCUUACAAUUUUAGGCCUGUAUUUCAGCCCUUCCUGAAAACCUUGGAAAAUAUAUUGGCUUCUAAAAUUAGUAUUAUGGUGCCCAGUCAUAUACUCGAGGAGCUGCAAAAUAACCCCAAGGUGAAUUUAACUCCUCUAAAUGCUGCCCUUGUGGAAAAGGCCCUGCCUGAGGUAGCCUACAUGCUGCGCAAUUUUUCUCAAACCCAUGCCAUAGUGAUAACCCAAAGUCAAUGGGGUUUCAUCAAGAGACUCCAGAGAGACCUGGUACAGCCUUUGUAUCAACUUUCGGAUGUAUGUUUUGGCAAUUCUCACUACACCUUUCCCAUGCAGUUGGACUCGAGAUUUGCCUCAGCCUUGGAUGAUUUUAUUUUAUUAGUGCAACAAUCGGGUCUGUGGGGACAUUGGCAGGAGGAAGCCUUUAUUGCAGCGCAUAGAAUGAAGCAUUACAAAAUUUUGCACGAUGUAUAUCCCAUAAGGCCACUUGACAUGGAGUACUAUUGGCUGACAUGGAUGGUUUUGGUCAUUGGAAUUGCAUUGAGCUGUAUGUGUCUGGUGGUGGAGAUAAUAGUUGGAAGGCGUAAAAAACCAAAAUUUCAUUAUGUGCCCUAA